CUCAAACAAGGACUUAAAAAAAAAAAAAAAAUUUUAUUAGCAUUUUCAGUAUUUUGUGUCAUAUCUAAGUAUGAGUCGAUUGAGGGAAAAGUACUCGGGUACACAAAGAGGAAGAAAAUCUCAGCCUUUCCUCAACCAGAUUUCUGCUUCUUUAGCAUUAAAAGCACUUCUUAGUUAGGUUCUGUCAGUGCUGUUUUAACAAAAAUUAAAAUCCAGUCUCCAAUAGUUUGGCAGUAAAAGACUCCACUGCCCAUGAGUCUACCUAAAUCUAAAGCUUCAGCACUACUGACUUUAUUUUCUAGGAAACACACUGGACAACACAAACUGUGCACUCCUCUGAGCACAGCAGGUUUUCAGGCUGUGCUUUCUCUAAACAAAAUUACAGCAUGACAUGCAACAGCUGCAGGUGUUUGUCCUCACAGGUUCCAGCAUGCUACUCAAUAAAGAUGGUCCUGGUGCUAAAUAACAUGGGCGUGGCCACAGUGUUCAUACUAACCUGCAUGUGCGCCGUGCCACUGCGAGGUCAGAAGCCAGGUCAGGUGGACCCCCUGCAGGCCCAUCGGGGCAAUCCGCAAUGCUGGGAGGCCUCCUCGGCUCUGCUGCUGGAGAUGCGCUCUCCGAGGAUUGCUGACACAGUGCCUGCCUUCUGGGACCUCAUGGAGUCACUCAGGGCUUCAAACAACAGCAAACACACUGCACUCUUCUGGGACCUGGCCCAAGUCUUCUGGGACAUCUAUCUAGAUUGCAUUGUGUCCAGGAGUCAUGGGCUGGGCCGUCGACACAUAACUGCUGUCCAGUCCCUCAUUACUGACAAUGAUGGAGGAGACAACUGGUACAGACAACCAAAGCUUUGUUGUUGAGCAGGAGAAAACCACACAGAAUCCUUCAGAUUCAACCGCUCAGGAGCAAAGUCCCAUGCGUGGCUCCAUGUGAGAGUGAGACGUAGAGGGCAAAUCAAGACCCUGAAGACAGACCCAAAAUAAAACGCACAACUACUAGAAAAGAUUAAGGAUAAUUCAAAGUAGAUAGCUUUUUAUAAACAUUCUUUCCCCGAGGAAAAACUAGAUUUUUCUUAAAGUGAGUUUUACUUAUAGGAUACGAUUUGUGUAACAAAUGGAGGUGAGACCUCACUACUUUUAGGACACUGAGCUUUGUUAUCCCACUUAUCCAACACUUCAAAGGGAAAAAAAAAAUUGGCAACAUAAAAUUUUACCCCACCCCACACCCUUUUAAUGACUACAGCUUGUUUUUAUCAAUCUCAAAUCAUGCUGCUAUGAUUAUGCAGUUUUAAUUUUUAAUUAUUUUAUUUUGAAUUAAGAUUUAAAUCUUGUCUGAUGUACUGUUCAUAUCAAGAGUUGUGAUUUUAUGUUAUAAUGUUUGGGCUGUCUUUUCAUCAGAACAGUAGUGCCUGAUUGUUCAUUUUAAGCAGAAAUGCUUUUUCACUGCUGUGAGCUGUAAUUCCCUGAAUGUCAAAAUA